AAGAAAAGAAAGCUUCAUCAGAUACAUGAUUGGUUCACGGUCGCUCCCCGCAUUUUGAAGUCCCGGAUUACCUAUAAAAAGAUUUGGCAUGUUGACUUUUUUGGAUUUCCUCAUUUUGUUUUACUCUACAACUAAAUGACCAACUCACUUUACUCAACAUUAGGUGUUAAUGAAAAAGCUAAUCCUCCUCAGAUUCGUCAGGCUUUUCUUGCGUUGACCCAGUCUUAUAAUUCUGACAAUUCCGAAAAGUUCAAGGAAAUCAGUGAUGCGUAUUGCAUUCUUUCGGAUACUCACAAAAGAUCAGCCUAUGAUUUAGAAAGAAAAAAAGCCAUUGCUAACACCUCUGAACACUCACAAUCAACAUCCACCGAAAAUGCUACACAAGUAGGCGCUCCUGUAUCCAAAGCAGCCGCAGUAGCAAAUGCAGCCGCAGCAGCAGCAGCGGCAGAGGCAGCAGCAGCUAUAGCGGAAUCCAAAGCAGCAGAAGCGGCAGCAGCCGUAUCAAAAGCAGUAGCAGCAGAAGCAGCAGCAAAAGCAAAAGCAGCAGCGGCAGCGGCUAUUAACAGAUCUGAUUACCGAAUUUUUACUUCGGUUAAGAUUACCUUAGCUCAAGCAUUUACGGGUGUUGCAUCUUUUUCAAUUUCGUACGACCAAAAGAUAGUCUGCCAAUCUUGUCAAGGACAAACAUGUGCCUCAAAACCUAUCUGUGAACCUUGCGAGGGAUUAGGCCGUGUUUCAGCUCUUGAAAAACAUAUCACGCUUUGUCCAAAAUGUAAUGGCACAGGCUAUAAAAAGGGAGCUCCGAAAUGUCAGACAUGUAAAGGAGUAGUCACUACGCGUGCUAUCCACCAAAAUGUGACGAUUCCAAAAGGCUUGGUUGAUAAUCAAGAAUAUAUUAUCGCUAACAAAGGUGAGUUUUUACCGGAUGGAACACAAGGUGAUUUAAUACUACAAAUGCAAGUGGAACAAGCAAGUGGAAACUUCCAGAUAUUCGCUAAAGGCUUGCAUGUUAAUUACGAAGUCAGCUUAAAGGAUGCCAUUAUGGGUAUUCCUAGGGAACAUGCACUUAUUCACUUGGAUGGUCAUCCUUUAUAUUAUAAGCAAGCUCCUGGGGCGGUCAUUGCUCCUAAUAGUCACCGUUUAUUCCCCAAUUGGGGAAUGCCUAUAUAUAAUGAUCCAAAUGGCGCUCGUGGGGAUCUUUUUGUCACAUUUAAAGUGAUCUUUCCUGCCAACAUUUGUCUUCCAAAUUCUCAGUAUGUCAUUGACGGUAUCCAUCAAAUGUUUGAGACCGAAGCGGAGCGUAAAUCCAGAGAAACAGUUCUUACUCGCCAUCAAGAAAGAACUAACGUAAAAGAACUAUUAUCAAAGGCCCUUGAUAUUCUCGGUCAAGAUUGUAGUAAUAAAAGAAAAAGAUGAUAAUAAAUAAAUUAAUUUGUAGAAUAAAGUUUCAUUGUCACAUA